CUCUCGGGCUGCAGCUCCCGGCGUGCCCCGCACUCGCCGCUGCCCGCCCGCCCCUCCCUCUCCUCCUACCAGUGCCACAGAGCCGGAGCCGGAGCCGCCGCCGCAGCCACAGCCGCGGACACUAUGGCUUCUGGAGUUACAGUGAAUGAUGAAGUUAUCAAAGUUUUUAAUGAUAUGAAAGUAAGAAAAUCUUCUACACAAGAGGAGAUCAAAAAAAGAAAGAAAGCCGUUCUCUUCUGUUUAAGCGAUGACAAAAGACAAAUAAUUGUAGAGGAAGCAAAGCAGAUCUUGGUGGGUGACAUUGGUGAUACUGUAGAGGACCCCUACACAUCUUUUGUGAAGUUGCUACCUCUGAAUGAUUGCCGAUAUGCUUUGUACGAUGCCACAUACGAAACAAAAGAGUCUAAGAAAGAAGACCUAGUAUUUAUAUUCUGGGCUCCUGAGAGUGCACCUUUAAAAAGCAAGAUGAUUUAUGCUAGCUCUAAAGAUGCCAUUAAAAAGAAAUUUACAGGUAUUAAACAUGAAUGGCAAGUAAAUGGCUUGGAUGAUAUAAAGGACCGUUCAACACUUGGAGAGAAAUUGGGAGGCAACGUAGUAGUUUCACUUGAAGGAAAACCCUUAUAAAAUGCCAGUCAAGUGCCAUCUGGAUCUUAAGGAGCUUCCAUUUCUCCAGCUCAAUCAAUUGAAAUAGUGUUAGGUGUUUUUUGUUUUUGUUUUUGUUUUUUUUCUCUUCCCACUGGGUCCUUCCAAUACAGUGAAUGAAGGAAACACCAUUCAUGUAAGCAGCCUAUCAGUGAUUGCCAUUAGACUGUUUAAUACUGUUACUUUUAUGUAGAACCCAAGGAAUGCCUUCCCGUCAUAUUUUAGCCAAAACAACUGGUUAUAUGCCUCCCUUGCAGCAAGCACUACAAUGAAAGUGAUUGUCAAUGUGAAUAGCUUAGAAUACUGCAAAGGGUAAGCUGAUUGAAUGCCUUGAAAGUAUUAUCCACUGGUCAGAUGGUAAACUUUAUUCAGUAUUAUUUAUAGUUGCACUUGAUUGCAGUUUUGUGAGGCUCGAGCAUUCAUACACCUCACCUGCCUUGGCAAGCCUAUUUUUGUGACAUGGCAGCACAGAUAUAACACUAUGCAUUGAAAGCACUUUUUUUGUAAUGAGUUUAACUCACCCUCCCUCCCCCAAAAGGAAUGCCAAUUAGGUUUUGUUAACGGUGUCAUCAACUUAUCCUAGUACCUCAGUAUUCAUUCCUGUUACCUGCAUAUCUUAAAAGAAACAGCUGUUAAUGCCUUUUUGUUUUCCAUUGAGUGUACACUACUGAAUAAGUGUAGGAGUUUAUGUUUACCAUGUAAGUUUUGCAACACUAAAAAUAUUUUGAAUAUCAGUCAUGAUGGCAAUUUCUGUAUAAAAGAGCCUUAAAUGGAACAUUGUUUUUGAGAUCAAACUCCCUACCCUCACAAAAAUGGCCACGUCGCAAUAAAAAUUGUGGCAUAUUACAGAACGUUGCCUUGUUUUCCUUGGACGUUUUGCAAAAUGUUAUGUGAAGCAACUUUUAGAGUAAACAGCUAUUACUAAUCUUUGCACUGGUCAUUUAAGAAUUUUUUUGUACAACAUUCAUGCAUGAUGUUUUCCAGUUUGUUGAGUUUAAAAAAUAUUCUAUUCUAAAGCCAACAAAUAGAAAAUAUUGUUACAGAGGGAUACUUUUAUAAACAUUAGUUUAUUUAUUUCCUUAUAUGUUAAUAUGAAGAUCAGAAGUUAUUUUUUGCACUUUGACAUAAAUAUUCUUCAAUACCAGAUUUGUUUUCUGGAUAAAUUAGGGUAGUUAUUUUUUAAUUCACGUUUACAUUUCUAAGUAACUGAGUAGUAGAAGCAGGAAGCUCUUAACUGCGUAUUUGGUCAUGAUGAAAGUAAUUUAUAAAAUGUCCUUCAAAAGUUAAUAAUACUUCUUGUGUUUAGGACCUUUCAUUUCAGCUAUUAUUUCUUAAUACAUCUUGCAAAUUGGGGAAAAAAAAUGAUGUAGCAAUCUUAAGUAUUAGUAGUGAGAUUUGGCUGUGGUCCAGACUGCUCUCCUUAUAGAGAAUUUGAUCUGCUCAGUGUGAGCAGUUUGCUGUUAGCCAGAGCUAUUUAUGGCAAACACAUGCUUUUGUAUCUUGUCAUAGUUAUCCACAAAUGGCAAAACUGGACUUGAUUCUACUGGUAUGCAAAACAGGCAUGCUAGUAAGCAGUCAAUCGUGGCUUAGAACUUAACCCCAUAGCUCUGAAGAAUGCUCUUAUCAGAAAACAGGAAACAAAAAUUCUUCCUUUUUUUUUUAACAUGUGUUAGUAACUCGAGUACAAUUAGGUAUUUUCCCAUAUUAUCAGAAGAUUUUUAAAGGUGAAAACAAAAGUAGGACUUAAAUGUUUAGGCUUCCAUAAAAUUAUAUGAAUGGCUUGGGAUCUUUUGCACUGAGCUAUCUUAUUUCAGGCUUCCAGCUGUCCCUUUGAGUUAUCCUGGACAUUUUGAUGGUUUUUUGGUAAGGCUGAACUCAUAAGGAAAGUAUGAGAAUACUGACAUAUACUGAACCGUAUAUGUAACUGAUUCUUAGAAUUUUCAUUAUUUUCCUCAUUCUUCUAGAAAAAUAAGGGACUUUAAAUAAGUUACGUAGUAUUGUUUGUUUUUAUAGCUGACUUACCAACUUUCUUAUAUGCCUCAUAUAGUAAUAAUUUCAGAGAUUAUUGCUUUAAACUGUGGUACUUUGAUUUGUUAGACUGACAGAACUGAGUUCAUCUUUGAAAUACAUCUUUGUGCAUAGAGCCAAAAAUAAUGAUAAAAUUAAUGGUUCACAUGUUACUUGAGACUAAUUUGGCAUUUGAAAUGAUUUUAUUUUACAAUCAUUUACAAUGAAACAAUGUUCCAGUUAGCUUUAAAAGGUAUACGGUGCUAAUUAGUAAAAUAUUGAGGGCAAUAUUUUACUGCUAGCUUGCAAAAUUAUAAGUGUUUAAAAAAAUAAAAUGUAUGAAAAUAUA